GCACCAGGCAUAAGUGGUAACACUAGUGCAUUGUGGGAUGCAGGGGGACAGUCUGUGUGUCUUGCACAGUUCGCUCUAAAUCCUCCAGGCCACACACAGCAGUGUAGCUCACCUUUUAGAACAUAGUUAACAGUUUUAAAUAAUACAGAAAGACAAUACAUUUGAAACAUUACAAACAUAUAUACUGUUUGUUUUAAAUAGUUCGUUGUUCAUACUGCACAUUAAAUGAAAGAAUGCCGAAUUUCUGCGCGGCCCCGAAUUGCACCAGGAAAAGCACACAGUCCGACCUGGCUUUCUUCAGGUUUCCUCGAGACCCAAGAAGAUGCAGUCUCUGGGUGGAGAAUUGUCGAAGAGAAGAUUUGGAAGAUAAAACGCCCGACCAGCUGAAUAAGCACUACAGGCUGUGUGCAAAACACUUUGAGCCUUCGAUGAUAUGCAAAACUAGCCCUUACAGGACUGUUCUAAAAGACAAUGCCGUGCCAACUGUGUUCGACUUGACCAGCCACCUGAACAACCCACACAGUCGGCACCGGAAGAGAAUCAAGGUGCUGAGUGAAGAAGAAUUAAGGAAAAUGACGGAGAGAAUUGAAAACUGUGGUGAGCAAGAACAGCUAAAGAAUGACAACACACAGAACGAGGCUCAGUUCGAAGAGAUCGAGGAAGAUCUUCCUCCAAUCACCCCGCAGGAGAAAGAAAUCAAAGAUUACCUGAAGUCGCUGUUUGACAUCUUGGUACUGAUGGGAAAGCAGAAUAUCCCCCUGGACGGCCACGGUGAGGAGGGGGUGGAGGAGAGCGGAGCUUUUACCCCCAGCAACUUCCAGUCCCUGCUGGAGUCCCGCAUCACUGCGGGAGACGAGGUCCUGCGCAGGAGGUUUGAGAUGACGGCGGUGAACGUGGAGUACUGCCCCGUUACCCAGCAGAGGCAGAUGCUGGAGGUGUGUGAGAGCUGCCUGCGGGAGGAGCUGCUCAGGGAGGUGAGAGAGAGCCGUUUCUUCUCCCUGGUCACCGACGAGGCGGUGGAUAUCAGAGGGGAGGACCACCUCCCCAUCUUCCUGCGCUUCGUGGAUGAGUCCAACAACCUCCGGGAGGAGUUUGCCGGGUUCCUACCCUGCGAGGAGGACGAGGACGCUGUGUUUGUGAGCCUCCACACAGAGAUCACGGAGAAAUGGGGACUGAACCUGGAAUACUGCCGGGGCCAGUCUCAUGUGAACUCCGGCGACUACGCCUUGAAGUUAAAAGCAGUGGCUUCCAAGCUGAUGGAGAAGUACCCUUUGGCGGUGUGCACUCCUUGCUCGACGUGCGCUCUGAACAUUUGGCUGGCGAAGGCCUUGCCCCUGGCAGGAGUUCAGAUGGUGCUGGGCACUCUGAAGAUCAUCGACUCCUUUUUCAGCAAGUCACCGCAGCUGCUGUCUGAGCUGGAGAACGCUAUCGCCACCAUCCACCAGGCCAACGAGGAGAGGGCCAACGAGCUCAAAGAGAUUUGCCGUACCCAGUGGAUAGAGAGACAUGACGCUUUUGAAGUGGCUGUGGACCUGUUGGAGCCGCUGCUGCUGUGUGUUGACAGCGUGAACAGCAACGCAAAUUUCAGCCGCCACGUUGCCUUCGAGGCCUACUCAAUUUCUGUGAACUUGGAAGAGUUUGAGUUCAUCGCGACCCUAGUGGUCUUGAAAAACGCGCUUUCCUUCACCAGAGCGUUUGGCAAGAACCUGCAAGGGAACACCCUAGAUGUGUUCUUCGCUGCCAGCAGCUUGACGGCAGUCUUGCACUCGCUGAACGAGGUCAUGGAAAACAUUGAGGUGUACCACGAGUUCUGGUUCGAGGAAGCUACCAAUUUAGCAGCCAAACUAGAAAUCCCAGUAAAACUGCCCCGGCUGUACCUUCGGCAGCAUCGCCCAGAGCCCGGCUUCGAGCUGCUUCCAGAAAGCUACUAUAAGGAAUCCCUAAGCAUCCCUCUCGUCAGCCGCGUCAUUCAGGAGCUGAAAGAGAUCUUCUCGGAAACCCACCUGAAAGCUCUCAAGUGCUUGUCCCUGGUCCCGUCGGUCAUGGGGCAGAUGAAGUUCAACACGUCGGAGGAAAGCAACGCGGACUUGUACAGGAACGACCUCCCGAACCCGGACACACUCCCUGCGGAGCUCCACUGCUGGAGAAUCAAGUGGAAGCACAGGGGCAAGGAUGUGGACCUGCCCUCCACCAUCUACCAGACUCUUCAGCUAUCAGAGGUGAAGUUCUUCCCCAAUGUCUACUCCUUCCUGCGAGUUCUCUGCACUCUGCCGGUCAUCAAGGUGGAGAGCAGCAAGUAUGACUGCGGGAGGAAGCGCUUGAGGGCUUACCUCUCCGACACGCCCGCCAAUCACAGGUCCAAGAGCCUGGCUCUGCUCAACAUCAACUAUGAGGUUCGGCACGAUCUGGACUUGAUGGUUGAUACCUAUUCAAAAAUGUACCCAGAGAAAGUGGAUGAGCAGUAACAAAGACUUGGUGGUGUCACUUUUCCCUUUUGUGGGGGGGGGGGG